CAGGGCCCCACAUCACAUCCAAAAUGACUUUAUGCGACAAACGUACUGAGCACGUGGGAUGCGCCCGGCGUUGCUGUGGGAACGAGGAACUCGGCCGUGAACAGGACACACACCAGCUCCCAGCCUGACGGACAACUGAGAAGAGCCCACUUCUCCACCAUCCUUGCCCUCUGCCCCCGGGGGACUUUUUGAAGAGGACAGGCCAGUUCCUUUAGAGACCACCCCUCAGUUUAGGUGCCGUUGGAUCUCCCAAUGGGGCGGCUCUGCUCUGGGCUCGCGCUCCCCAUGAGCUGCCUGCUCCUGGUGUGGGCGGCAGGGAGCGUUAAGGUCCUGCGUCUGCCCACCUGCUUCUCCGACUACAUCCACACCUCCACCUGUGAGUGGGAGAUGGACGGUCCCACCAACUGCAGCGCCCAGCUCCGCCUGUCCUACAAGCUGAAUGACGAGAACUAUGACAACCUCACGUGUGUCCCCGAGAACAAAGAAGGCGCGGUGUGCAUGUGCAGUAUGCUGAUGGACAGCAUAGUCAACGAGGACAUCUAUCAGCUGGACCUGUGGGCGGGGAAGCAGCCGCUGUGGAGCAGUUCCUUCAUGCCGGGCAAGCGUGUGAAGCCCAGGGCGCCCAGAAACCUCGUGGUUCACGCCAACGUCUCCCAUACGUGGCUGCUGACGUGGAGCAACCCAUACCCUUUGGAGAAUUACCUGUACUCUGAGCUCACCUACCUGGUCAACAUCUCCAAUGAAGACGACCCCGCGGAUUUCAAAAUCUAUGACGUGACCUACCUGGAUCCCGUCCUCCGCAUCGCAGCCAGCACCCUGAAGUCUGGGGCUACCUACAGCGCACGGGUGAAGGCCUUUGCUCAGAGCUACAACGGCACCUGGAGUGAGUGGACCCCCAGCGUCAAGUGGCGUAACUACUACCAGCAGCCCUUGGAGCAGCGCCUCCCGCUUGGCGUCAGCAUCUCCUGCAUUGUCAUCCUGGCCGUCUGCCUGUCCUGCUAUUUCAGCAUCAUCAAGAUUAAGAAAGAAUGGUGGGACCAGAUUCCCAACCCAGCCCACAGCCCCCUCGUGGCUAUUGUCAUCCAGGAUCCUCAGGUGCCACUGUGGGGGAAGCGGACCCGAGGCGAGGAACCAGCCAAGUGCCCACGCUGGAAGACUUGUCUUACCAAGCUCCUGCCCUGUUUACUGGAGCACAGCCUAGAAAAGGAUGAGGAUUCCUCCAAGGCUGCCAGAAAUGGGCCUUUUCAGGGUCCCGGAAAGUCAGCAUGGCACCCUGUGGAGAUCAGCAAGACGAUCCUCUGGCCAGAGAGCAUCAGCGUGGUGCGGUGUGUGGAGCUGUUUGAGGCCCAGGUGGCAAGUGAGGAGGAGGACAUGGAGGAAGAUAGAAGGAGCUUCUGCCCAUCGCCUGAGAGCAGCGGGGGCAGCUUUCAGGGGGGCAGGGAGGGCAUCACAGCCCGGCUGACAGAGAGCCUGUUUCUGGACCUUCUCGGGGGUGAGAGUGCCGGCUUGGGGGAGUCCCGCCUUCUUCCACCUUCCGGAAGUGCUCAGAUACCCCAGGCCGAGUUCUCAAGUGCAUCGUCCCAGGGCAAGGAGCAGCCUUCUAACCCGGAGUCGAAUCCUCCCGCGACUCUGACCCAGAGCCCAGCCGGCCUGGCUUCCAUGGAGGCGUCUGCUGUCACGGCAGACAACCCCGCUUACCGUAGCUUCAGCAACUUCCUGAGCCCGUCCCCCGGUCCUGGAGAGCUUGACUCCCAGCCACAGCUGGCUGAACACCUGGGGGACGUGGACCCCAACACCCCCUCUCCCCCCCAGCCCUCUGAACCACCCCCUGCACUCCAGCCUGAGCCGGAAACCUGGGAGCAGAUCCUCCGCCAGAGCGUCCUCCAGCACGGGGCGGCCCCGGCCCCCACCCCGGCCCCCACCGGCGGCUAUCGGGAGUUUGUGCAGGCGGUGAAGCGGCGCAGUGGCCAGGAUGGCGGGGCGGCGGGCUUCGGCCCUUCUCGAGAAGCUGGGUACAAGGCCUUCUCCGGCCUGCUGGCUGGUGGUGCCGUCUGCCCAGGGGCGUCUGGGGUUGAGGCCAGCAGCGGGGAGGGGGGCUACAGGCCCUUUCAGAGCCUCACUCCUGGCGGCCCUGGGGCCCCUGCCCCAGGCCCCAUGCCCCUGUUCACCUUUGGACUGGACGUGGAGCCACCUCCCAGCCCUCAGAACUCACGCCUCCCCAGCAGCUCCCCAGACUGCCCUGGUCUGCAGCCCGUGGGGAAGGGGGAGGACAGACAGAAACCCCCGCUCUCCCCGGAGCAGGCCACAGACUCCCUCAGGGACGACCUGGGCAGUGGCAUUGUCUACUCAGCCCUCACCUGCCACCUGUGCGGCCACUUAAAGCAGUGUCACGGCCAGGAGGAGCGUGGCGAGGCCCACGUCGUGGCCAGCCCCUGCUGUGGCUGCUGCUGUGGAGACAGGUCCUCGCCGCCAGUGAGCCCCCUGAGGGCCCUGGACCCCCCGCCAGGUGGGGUUCCCCUGGAGGCCAGCCUUUCUCCGGCCUCCCUGGCACCCUUGGGGGUCUCAGAGGAGCAUAAAUCCUCACUGUUCUUCCAGCCUGCUCCCAGCAGUGCUCAGAGCUCAAGCCAGAGCCCCGAAAUGGCAGCCCUGCUCUCCACAGGGCCCCCGUGCAUGAGCACUUCCUAGGUGCGUGCCCCCUGGUUGCUGAGGCCGGCAGGUGAGGACUGGGCCUUACCCAUGCCUGCGAAACGCCCCACCCCGGAAGGCAGCGGGCUGCCAGAGAAAGACUCGGAGAACCGUGGUAUGAAGCUCUGAGGCUGUCCCACCUGGGGCUGCAGAGACCUGACCCCCCUGCUCCUGACCUUGGCCUGAGCUCACCACUUCCCGCCCGGGUGGAGAGCACCGGGCAGCCACGCCCACAGCAGGCGCCGUGGGGGUCGGGAGGUCCCUGGGCACCUGGGCUUGUGAACGAGCCAUUGGCCACUUCAUCCGUCCACAGCUUCUCCAACGUGCUGUCCCUGUCGUGCCUGCCCAAUGCGCACUUUGUCCACCUUAUACUCUGGUACCCAUUUCUGGCCCCAUCCCAGGAUUAGCUGCCGCCGUCUCACUGGAUUAGACACUGAGCCUAGAAACUGAUCACGCUAACGGGGGAAGGACUCAGGAGGCCUUGGGAAACUGAUGGGAAACUGAGGUCCCGGAAGGGUGGCUAUUUGCCCAGAGGUGCCCAUUCAUUCAGCAGAGCUUCAUUAGGUUGCACCUAGGAGGCAGGAUCUGGGCAGGAUCAGGGGUGCUUAACCAAGUGGGGGUAACAGAGAAGGACACGAAACAUUGUGAUUAGCACGUCAUGACAAUCUGCUGUCAGGUCCCCACACAACUGUAAGGCUGGGGGCUCCUUUUAGGUAUGGGAUCCCCAGAGUGAACCUGCCCAGCUACCUUGGGGCUGGUCCGUGCCCCCGGGGACACCGUUGCUGGCAGCCACAGAGACCAGAGGGCGUGGCUCACAUCCCGUGACCCGGCUGAGCGGGGCAUUCCAGACAGCGGACCAGCACGUUUCGCCGGCACGUUGGCCCAGACCUCAGGUCGAGGAACACUUGUUUGUGUGCGUCUCAAAGAUUGUUUUGUCUCCUGGUAUUUGUGUUUGCUGAGGAGGGUGGAACGGGAAGGGGUGGAGUUUUGUGUGAAUGAAGGUUCUUUCUCUCCUUUUGUUUUUCCAUUUAUUAAACAAACACACUGCUGG